CUGGCGAAAGGCUGAGAAAAUUCUGUUCCCCAAUCCCUGCAACUCCGAGCUUUGGGUUUGUCUCUCCCAUGGGGAACUCAAGCAGAAAUUAUGAAUAUGGCCUAUUUCCCAGACCGUUCUGUGCUAAGCGGUUUUGUAGCUGUCCUCUUCCUUCAGCUGCUCACGAUGACCUCAGCUCAUUUUACUGUGAUUGCACAUGCUGAGCCUCUCCUGGCCAUGGUAGGAGAAGAUGUCAUGUUACAUUGUCACCUCUUGCCCAAGAAAAGUGCUGAGCAAAUGGAGGUAAGGUGGUUCCGUUCUCGGUUCUCUCCAGCUGUUUACGUGUAUAAAGAUGGGAAAGAAAGACAUGAAGAACAGAUGGAAGAAUAUCGAGGAAGAACAACAUUUGUGAGAGAUAAUAUCAGAGAUGGAAAGGUUGCUCUAAAAAUACACAAUGUCACAGCUUUUGAAAAUGGAAGAUACCACUGCUAUUUCCAAGAAGGCAGAUCAUAUGAAGAGGCCUUCAUAGACUUGAAAGUAGCAAGAUGGAGAAGGACUCAGUUACAUGCUGCUGAUGUGACUCUGGAUCGAAACACAGCUCAUCCUGAACUCUACCUCUCUUGGGAUUUGAGAAGUGUGAUGCGAGGGGACACACGGCAAGAUCUGCCUGACAACCCUGAGAGAUUUGACUGUAGACCCUGUGUUCUUGGCCGUGAGAGCUUCACCUCAGGGAGACAUUACUGGGAAGUAGAGGUAGCAGACGUGAUGGUAUGGGCCAUUGGAGUCUGCAGAGAAAAUUCUGAGCGAAAAGGGGAGGCCCUGCUGAUACCUCAAAAUGGAUUCUGGGUUAUUGAGUUGUUUGGGAAUAGAUACCAGGCACUUACCUCCCCUGAUAUUCUCCUCCCUUUGCCAGAGCACCUCCACCGAGUGGGAAUUUUCUUGGACUAUGAGGCUGGAGAUGUCUCUUUCUACAAUAUGAUUGACAGAUCCCACAUCUAUACUUGCCCUCGCACCUCUUUCUCUGGUCCCCUCAGGCCUUUCUUCAGGCUUGGGUCUGAUGACAACCCUUUGGUCAUUUGCCCAGCAUUCACUGGAGCUGAGGGAGUCACUGUCCCAGAGAAUGGCCUAAUCCUUAGACUUCUUCCUAAAUACAUCUCUAGGUUUCAGUCCCUGCCUGACUCAUCACCAGUACUGUCAGCAGUGAUGGCGGCUGUCCCAGUCUCCUGGCAGCCCAGAUAUCUGAUUUUCUUCUUCUUCUUCCAGUUGCCCAUGCUGGACUCAGGUAAGAUUUUCUUUUCUAUCUUGCUCUGUGGAGACUUCCCAAAAGAAGAAGACAACUCCAUGUUGGCUUCUAGUUUACAUGUAUCUCUCCAAAGAGAAAAACUAAAGAGUCCAAAAUGCCCCAUAAUGAUUUAUCAAUGUAUUCUGCAUUUCAUACCUCAUGCUUUUAUUCUGAGUUCUACAAUCUCUCUUUGUUGAACAGCUCAGUUCGAUGUGAUUGGGCCCGUUAAACCCAUCCUGGUCAUGGUUGGGGAAGAUAUUGACUUACCCUGUCACCUCUCACCCAAUAUAAGUGCUGAGAAUAUGGAGCUGAGGUGGUAUAGAAAUAAGAUCUCUCCAGCUGUGUACGUGUAUCAGAAAGAAAAGGAUCAAGAAGGAGAGCAAAUCAAGGAGUAUCAAGGGAGAACAACAUUUGUUCGAGACAACAUCACUGACGGGAAAGUGGCUGUGACAAUCCACAAAGUAAGAGCUUCUGACGAUGGACAAUAUCGCUGCUUUUUCAAAGAUGACCAAAUGUAUGAAGAAGCUAUCAUAGAGCUGAAGGUGGCAAGCCUGGGCUCUGAUCCUCAUAUUCAUAUGGAAGCUUAUGGAGAUGAAGGCAUCCUCCUAGAAUGCACAUCAGUUGGAUGGUACCCAAUGCCCCAGGUGCAAUGGAAAGAUCUAAGAGGAGAGAUGUUACCACUUUUGUCAGUGUCCCAGACACCUAAUGGAGAUGGCCUUAUUACUGUAGAAGCCUCUGUGGUUAUCAGAGACCAUUCUGUGCGGAGUGUGUCCUGUUCCAUUCAAAACCCCCUCCUCAAUCUGGAGAAGGUGGUGAGGAUUUCUAUACCAGGUCCCUUCUUCUCAGAAUUAUCUCCUUGGAUGAUAUCUAUGGCUGUGAUUCUUACUGCUCUUGGACUUCUCACUAUUGGCGCCAUAUUUUUCAUCUGGAAACUACAUAGAAACAAAAACAGAGAAAAAGAUAACAAAUCCUGCAACAAAGAGAAACUCCAGGAAGAGCUAAGAUGGAAAACGGCUCAGUUACAUGCAGUUGAUGUAACUCUGGAUCCAGACACAGCUCAUCCCCAUCUCUUCCUGUACGAGGGUUUGAAAUCCAUCAGGUUGGAAGACACACGACAGAAGCUGCCUGACAAACCAGAGAGAUUUGAUUCUUGGCCUUGUGUACUAGGCCGAGAAGGUUUCACCUCAGGGAAACACUACUGGGAAGUGGAAGUGGGAGAUAGAACUGAUUGGGCUAUAGGAGUUUGUAAGGAAAAUGUGACAAAGAAAGGAUUUGAUCCCUUGACCCCUGAGAAUGGGUUUUGGGCUGUGGAGUUGUAUGGAAAUGGAUACUGGGCCCUUACUCCACUCCGAACCCCGCUUCCUCUAACAGGGCCUCCUCGCCGUAUAGGGGUAUUUUUGGACUAUGAAUCUGGACACAUUUCCUUCUAUGACAUGGCAGAUGGAUCACACAUCUAUACUUUCCCCCAAGCCUCCUUUUCUGGAACUCUCCGGCCUUUCUUCUGCCUUUGGUCUUGUGGUAAAAAGCCCCUUACUAUCUGUCCAAUAUUUAACGGGCCUGAUGAAGUCACUGUCAUCGCUAAUGCUCAUGUCCCUUCUAAGGAGAGCCUAGUGACGCCCACAAGAUCAGCUCCUGGGGAUAUGGAUACUCCCCAAAGGUCCAACUCCAAAUUAUUCCCAACCCAACCCAAAAAUGGGGCCUUGGAUCAUUAG